CUUGCUACAAUAGUUCCAGUCCCUGUCCAGCACUGGCACCAUAGGCCCUCUCUAAACGCCAGAACAGGCCAACCAGCUCAAAUAUGCAAAGACCGCAGGUCCAAGAAGAGCUUACUCUCUCGACGUGAAAAGAGGAGAUAAAAGUUCAAUUUCUAUACAUGCGCCGGCAGCUGGAAGCCCUCCGUCAGCGGCCGCGCCAAGAUCGUCCACCCCCACCUCCGCUUGAUCUGCCCCUCCACCAAAUCUCAUCGCUACAUGCAUUUCGUCCGUGUCAGCCAUCAUCACCUCAUGUUGUAUCCUACAGCGCAUCACACUCGCUCACUCAGUGAAUACGAAUCGAGAAUCGCCGUAUACAAGCUGCGGACUCCCCGUCAUGUCCACCCGCAGCGGUAGUAUAUCGUCUGCGCCUCCACGGCCUAGACAGAUUCAUCGGCGCGUUUCGUGUCCCGUUCUCUCACGGUCGACGCUGUCUUCCAUCCUCAAACCGCCGACGAACCACCUCGAACGCAAGCGGCGCCCUAGUAUGAGCGCAAGGCGACAAGAGGAUGGCACAUUGGUGAUACAAUGGGUCGUCGACACCAGGAAACUGUGGCCCAAAGCUCUGCGGACCGUGCAGCUGACAACAUACGCAAAGCGAGCUCUGGAUCUGCUCCCCAAAAAAGAGCAAGUCGACGUGCUCAAAUACGUCCACGUCAAAGACGCCAAGAUGGCCCUUGUCUCACGCCUUCUCAAAUGGUACCUCAUCUCGCGCUACGCGCCAUGCGCCUGGGACGCCGCGACGCCAACACGAAACAAGAACACGAAACCAGUCUACAUAGCCCCCGACGGCUCGGAGCCUGUGAUAUUCAACGUCACGCACCAAGCUGGUCUCGUCGUCUUGAUUGCCGCGGUGCGGCCAAAGCCUGGCAUGAGUGUUGGCGUGGACAUUGUGUGUCCCACAGAGCGGCGUGACAAGGACCUCGGUUUGAUCAGCAAAGACGGAUGGAAGGAGUACGUCAGCAUGCACGAAGAGGUGCUGAGUCAGCCAGAGUGCACCAGCCUGAACCGUCUGCCGUUCAAGGACCUGGACCACCGCCUGCGGUACUUUUACACGCUGUGGUGUCUGCGGGAAGCCUAUGUCAAGAUGACCGGCGAGGCGCUCCUCGCCCCGUGGCUGAAGCGGCUGGAGAUGCGGUACUUUGCCCCGCCGGAGGACGCGCCCAUCAGCCAGACGGAGAUUUGGUUCCAGGGGCGGCUGUUGGAAGAUGUCGACUUUUCAGAUUACGCUUAUCAAAUGUUGUCACAGAAGAACUGGCAGACAGUCUUGUAGCCACGCUCAUACUCCUUCUUGACCUUGUCAUCGUUCAGGUCCGCGCGCGCCGCCAUCCAUCCAUGGAUCUGGUCCGAGAAGAUCUCGACGUGCUUUGUCGUCUGACCCAGCGCCGUCUCAAACUUCUUCACGUCGUCGGCCGGCUCGUCGCCCGAGGCGAGCAUGACAAAGGGAACCUUGAUGCCCUCGGCAUCCGCGGGGUCGACCAUGGCGGGGUGGGCGCAGCCAGCGACGGUGAAGGGGUUGGUGGAUGCCUUGGUGGCGAGGGCUGCGACCUUGCCGCCCCAGCAGAA